GGGCCGGAGAAGAAGCCGCCGCCAGGGACCGGGGGGCCGCUCAGCCGCCUGAGGGGGCGGCGCGGCUCGACCGACGCGGCGCCGCGGCCGCCGUGGACCGAGUCCGAGUUGCUGGCGCUGGAGACCGUCCGGCCCGAGCACGUCCUGGGGCUGUGCCGGGUGACGGAGAAUUAUUUAUGCAAACCCGAAGACAACAUUUACAACAUCGACUUCACCAGGUUUAAGAUCCGGGACCUUGAAACUGGAACAGUGCUGUUUGAAAUUGCAAAGCCAUCUGCUUCAGAGCAAGAUGAUGAGGAUGACGAUGACAACAGUGAACUGGACGCUAGUGCAGGCCGCUUUGUUCGUUACCAGUUCACCCCAGCAUUUCUCCGUCUUCGGACUGUUGGUGCAACAGUGGAAUUCACAGUGGGAGAAAAGCCAGUGUCGAACUUUCGAAUGAUUGAGAGACAUUACUUCCGAGAUCGCUUGCUGAAGAACUUUGACUUUGAUUUUGGCUUCUGCAUUCCCAGUAGCAGGAACACAUGUGAACACAUUUAUGAAUUCCCUCAGCUCUCAGAAGACCUUAUCCGUCUGAUGGUUGAAAAUCCGUACGAGACCCGCUCAGACAGCUUUUACUUUGUGGACAACAAGUUGAUUAUGCACAACAAAGCCGACUAUGCUUACAAUGGAGGACAGUAAUGAUUCUAAGUCCGCUGGAUGCUGUGAUGCUGUUAACCGUUCCAGAUGCCCAGGAGUGGACUGGAGUUGCUGCCUCGUGCAACAAGGCUUCUUGCCAAACCUUUUCUCCUUGCAUGAGGCUGAAAACAUGAAGCAAAGACGACAGCUCAUGAAAGUAAAGGAAAUCUCCCUGCAACACUUCUCUAUCUGACAUUCAACGUAUCCUGCCUCUCACUCUCUUAUUUCUGGUUACCUUCUGGUACCUUGGUUAGGUCAUGGAUCAGAGGCACUGUUAGAAAAUUCUUGCUGUUACAGUCUUUAUAGUUAGGUUGCACCUUUAGUGCUUCUGAUAUUUCACCUGCUGGGUGACUACCCUCUUUCAAGAGGUCAGAUUGUUCGGGGAAGCUAUUUCUUAGCAGGAAAAUUUUACCCCUUCAAGUAGCCAGUGAUGCCUAAAGAGCAGAUCUUUUCUUUGGGUGGAUAGAUCAUCUCUUUAGUGCACAGUGGUUUAGUUUGUAGCAUGGCUGAUGUUGUUUUUUAGGGCGCAUCCCAGUAUUCUCCAGUGGGAAAGAUAAGAGACUAAUUCAGCUUCUAAGCAGUGCAAGAAUCUUCCUUCUGCCUCCAGGGGCCUGAGGUGCCCCUGAGAACAGUUUAAUCUGUGUCUUGCCAGAGAUUUCACUAGAGAUACGAGAUAGGGGGGGAAAAAAGGGGCUUUAUCCAGGUUGGUCAUCGAGUCAGUCUGAUAGCAUUUCUGUUUGAGCUCUUGUGAGCAAAUUGUUGCAUUUUGGAGCUCAGGGGUCAACCUUAGAGCUGAAGUUAAUCUCAUUAUAUUUACCAUUUCUCCUUCUUCCCUUUGUGUAGGAAUUUUGGCUCUUGCUACAGAGUGUAUUGCUUUUUAGAUCGACGGCACGUUGUCAGUCUAGCUGGGGUGGAGGGGAGGUGUCAGUCUAGUGGGGCUUAGAGGAAAAAGGGAGAAUGUGGGAAAAUGCCUUGAAAAAUGUGUAGGAAGCAGAGCUUCCUGGGCUUCAAUCUCUCUAAUUUUAAAACUGAAUGAUCUGUCAGAGGUGCUGGAAGGAAAGAUGGUGGUGUUAUGAACUCAUUUGCUUUGUUUCAUUUGAGAUAUUAGUAGCUAAAAGCUUCCCGGGUCAGAUCACUCAGUGUUACGGAGUGAGAUUCUGACAAAGCGAGAAUUUACAUGAUUCUCUUUAAUAGUUUGAGCUCCCAUCGCUGCUUUGCCUACUUAGCUGCCUAUUUAUUGUUUAGGAAGUUCUUCUGCCAAGGUAGUUACCACCAGACCAGAGGGCGUAUUUCACAGCUGUGUUUGGGGUCUGGCAAUAGGAAGUAUCAAGAUGCAGUGGGAAAAGGAGACCCAUGUCUUCCCAGCAGCCACACAAACCCUUUUCUGCUUAUUUUGGUGUCUCUCAAGACUGGCAUUUUUCCUGUGUCCUUGCUGGGCUGGUCAGUUGUGUCUCUCGUACGUGGCAGUUAAGUUGUGUCUAGACUAGAGAUGUUUGCUAGUAUUAGUUCUAUUUGUUCCUUGAGACAAUUGAAACCUAACUCCUUCGUGGACACAGUUGGUUACCUAUUGUGUUAAGUAAGAUUCAGUGUAGUUUAUGUUUUAGCAGGAUUAAGUGGGGUGGGCAUCACACCCUGGAGCCUGUUAACGCGUAGACAGCAAUAGGAAGCCACUGCCUUUACCUCGCAGAUUAACGAUACUGACUUUGGCGUAGAAGAUCAGCUGGCAUCAGGGUAAGCAGUGAGAGUAUGUGGGGUGGCAGCCAUGAAAGAAUAUCCAGCUCUUGGGAAGAUAUUUAAUUAUGAUUAACCACAACAAAUGACCUGUUCUGGGUGGAGCAUUAAUUAUGAGCAACCACAACAAAUGUCUUGGGAAUGCAGAGGGGCAAGGUCUACGUGGUUGAAAGAUGAAGAACAGUUCUGCUACCAUCAAUCCCCUCCAGCAUCUCUAAAGGCACUUAGGCAAUCUUGUUUAGAUAUUUCAGAAUUAGUUAAAGCUGCUUGUAAGGUGGAGCUUGAGAUGCCUCUUGCAGCGAUUGUCUUCAGAAGGCCUCGUGCCGUGCCAGGGAAGGUGGGAAACAUUUGUUUUGCUGGAAGUUAGUUGUGACAAGGCAGAACUGCCUGGAAGUGUGCUUUUCAUCCUGAAGAGUUCUGAGAUGCUCAGGAUAGCGUCUGAAGAGCCUGCUAGUUAUUCCCUGGGAAAUUUGAGCAUAUUGAGCUGAAUUUGUAUGUAGUAUAAAUCCAGGUGCCUUUAAAUGUUACUUUUAUUGCAUUUUCUGCAUGAAGCAACCUCUUGCUUUUCUUAUCAGUGUGAUGAUUCCCAUCUGUUUUCUAUGCCACUGCGUAAAGGUUCUUAAAAGGAAGAUGGACUGUUGCCAGAGCGAGCAGCAGAAAUCACUGUACGGGCAAAUGACGAUUUGUGUGAGCCGUUAGUAGUAGUCAGCGUGCAGCUCUGCACGGUCGGUCGGGCUAUUUGUAGGGAGUGUGGGUGCCAUCUAGCUGCUGCUUUGCAGAAUGCGACUGGCAGCAGGAGAGCGCUCUGCCAGAUGUCAAUGAGGCAUUUGAUGCCAGUAGUGAUGAGAAAAAAGCAUUGAAGCAGUUGCUUUCGCAUUGGUGAAUGUAUCAGCUAUUGAGCAAUAAGAAAAGGAAAACUGGAGGAAAAUGGGAAGACCUGCAGGCAGCAGUAGCACCCCUCAGUUUCUAGCCGAAUGUGUUUGCUUUGCCAAAUUAGAAGGUCUUUGCCCAAAAAGCAUGCUGCAGGAAAAAAAAGUCCCUACAAGAGGGCAACCCAGCACUGAAAAAGUUGAUUGUAAUCCAAAAAGUCAGGGGUUUCAAAACUCCUGUCCCCACUUUGGCCACUUCCCUAAGGUUACUUUUUCUCUUAGGUGUUUUCUAUAAAGUGUCUUCUCUUUGUGGCAGGGAUGAUGUCUUUGGUAAACAUGGUUUAACAGAGCAUCUUCCUUCUGGAUUGUGUGCUCUGAUGCUUUAAUGGUGGGCCAAAGCUCCUCAUGCCAGUGAGCUAGGAAGAAAUUCCAAUGGGAUCUCAUCCUUUCAGGUGGAUGGUCUGUCCUAGCCAGGUGCUGAACGUAAGGGAGAUGCUGUCAGUCUCAGGUUGAUGCUGUCAGGUUGAAGUUUGAGCAAGGGAAGAGGUAUCUGUGCAGACAGCUUCUCUCAGGUUGUGUGUUGAGUUGGAAAGAAGAAAGAGUUGGGAUCAUACUGUGUUCUGCUCUAACAAAAAAAGGGACCAAACCCACAAACUCAUGCUAAAUCUUUCCAGUAUUUGUCCUCUUAGCACCAAGACCUCUUUUUCACAUUGAGGCGAGUGCUUUGGAUCAAUGCAAGCAGUUUUCUUGGACAGCUAUUUUCACGAUUGACUGACAUAUUGCACCUUGUGAAGGAAGGUCGUCUCUUGUUGCAUGGACUGGGUACUGCUGUCCUUGUCCUCCAUUUUUGGUAGGAAGUAUCUUCCUUUGUGUGUUUUCCUUAGGAUUUUCAAUGUCUCUUGCUGCAGAGAAGCAGCAGCUUCCUCUCUGGUGCUUGAGGAUGUUUAUUCCACUUAUCCGAGGGUUCAGGAAGAAUAAAACAAGCGUUUAGAAGCGAGAAAUGAAUGAGGAAGGUGGUGGCGAAGCAGUAAGGUCCAAACGUGGUAACUCUACUUCUCAGCUCUGUGUUUCAUUACGUCCUCUUCAGCUGUUUCCCAGUGUUUGUCUUCUGCCCUGCUGUCCUGUCGCAUCAAGCUACCGAGCCUUAUGCUACCCCAGAGCGUGGCCCGGUAUCGGGUGAAAUCCUCGGACGCGAACCCUGCCAUCUCCCCGGAGCUUUAUGAUGAAGACAAGGCUAAGGGACGGCGGCCUGGCGGAGUCAUCGCCUCUUCCUCCGCAGCAAAGGGAAACAACGAACACCAGCAACCACCCUCUCCCUCUGCCCGGAUCUCAGUGCUGUUCCAGGACACGUAUUUGUAUCUCUCACAGCGUGGCCUUUGGGCUGCUGGCGCGUCGACCUCCUCCGUGCUGUCCCCUCCGCGCGCUCCCGUGGCCCUUCUGGGCUGAGGCCAGCCGUGCUGGCCGUGCCCCUUCAGUCCCGGGGUCGCUGGCUCCCUCUCUGGGUCCCAGCACGGUGCCGGCGGCCCCCCCCGCCCUCCGACGAUGUAUUUGUAUAAAUGUUAUUUUGU